AAUUUUAUUUCUUUUUUUUUUUUUUUUUUUUCUGUCGAGGGGGGUGGGUCUGGGCCAGAAGAAGGGGAGCCGGAGGGAAGCUCCGGCCGGCCCUGCAUGGCCAGGGAUUAUGAGCGCCGGUGAGUUGCAGCAGGCGCAGCCCAGACCCUCGGCGCCGGCAGCCGCCCCGGUGCCCCCUCAGCCCCGCAGCGCUCAGGAAGCCCCCGAGAUGGCGGUGUACUGCGGCGAGAACUUCAGCGUCUACCCCCAGCCCAGCCUCCACCCGCCCGGCGCCGCCGCCGCCGCCGCCGCCGCCGCGGCCGCCGCCGCCGCCGCAGCCGCCUCGUCGGGGCAGCGGGCGGGCGGCUACGGGCUGGGGGACUACGGGGCGCCCGCCAACGCCGGCUACCUGUGGGGCAUGAACAGCCCCGCGCCCUACCUGCAGGGCCCGCCGGGCUCCGCAGCGGCAGCAGCAGCCGCCGCGGCCCCCUUCUUGCCGCCGGGCUCGUACGGCUGCUCGCGGGGCGGGCAGCUGGUGGGCUCCCCCCCGGCCCCCGGCUCGCCGUCGGCGGGCGGCGCGGAGCUGAGCUGGCUGAGCCUGGCCAGCCAGGAGGAGCUGCUGAAGCUGGUGCGGCCGCCGUAUUCCUACUCGGCGCUCAUCGCCAUGGCCAUCCAGAGCGCCCCCGAGAGGAAGCUCACCCUCAGCCACAUCUACCAGUACGUGGCCGAGAACUUCCCCUUCUACAAGCGCAGCAAGGCGGGCUGGCAGAACAGCAUCCGCCACAACCUCAGCCUCAACGACUGCUUCCGCAAGGUGCCCCGCGACGAGGACGACCCCGGGAAAGGAAACUAUUGGACCUUAGAUCCCAACUGCGAGAAGAUGUUUGACAACGGGAACUUCCGGCGCAAACGCAAGCGACGCUCUGAGGCCAACACCCCUGCGACCGCGUCUGCAGCCUCCUCUCUCGGGGGCCUGAAAACAGAGGAAGAACGACCCAUUGCAGCUGGAGGCAAACCGUGUGGAACCAGCCCACCCCCAGAGCUGGACCCUUCGCCUUCUGCCAGAGACCAUCCGAAAAGCUCCUCUCCCUCCGGUAUCAUUUCAUCCACCCCCAGCUGCCUCAGCACCUUCUUCAGCGGCAUGAGCUCCCUGAGCGGCGGAGGCAGCCGGCUGACGGGGGGGCUCAGCAGUGACCUGCAUCACAGGAACUUCUCUGCUGGACAGCUGAGCAGUGGCACUUUCACCCCUUCCAGCAGCUCUUCUCAGGAGGUGCCUUCGCCGGAACAGCUGCAGCGAGUUGCAGGACCUUCCCCUGCCUACUACAGCUCCUUCCAUCCCAGCAGCGGCAGCCAGGGAGCCCAGUACAACCACUACUACAACUUCACGGUUAACAGCCUCAUCUACACCCGGGAUGGAACAGAGGUGUAGGGCGCUGGGGCAGGCAGCCGGCGAGCGCUGCAAAGGGAAUGGGAGAUGCAGGCGUAUUUGGCAGCACGGAGGACCGUAUGCUUUUUGCAAACAGCAUUUCAAUGUGGACACUUCCCAGGAGUUCUUCCAGGAAGACAGAUCUUCUCACCUUUUAAAACAAGAACGCCCCAUGAACACCAGCAGAAGGCAGAUGCAAAGUCUUUUUUCCAUCCUGGAAAAUGUUAGGUGCUUUAGAUGGCUUGCCAUCUAAGUUCUGCAGAUGAAAGUGAACUGAAUUCAGGUUUCCAGAAGUUGAAAUAAGAAGCCGAAAAACUAUAGCCAUGAAACGAUAUCAGCAAGAACCAAGCAGACAUCCAGUGAGUCUUAGAAGAGAACAGGAAAAAAAAAUGAAGAGAUUUCUUAUGAAGUGCCUUGUACAAUGUAUUAAAAAAUUCUUCUGCCAGCAGUUGCCUCUGUAAGCCCUUUCUCUCUGCCCUGCUCCUGCAAUAUGCAAUGCACAGGAGGAUACUUUGGGAAAACACCCACCCAAAACCUCCUCAAAAACCCUCAGAGGUUUGCUCUGGUCUUCCCGUGUAUGGUGUAUUGUACAGCUAGGGCCAUGUUUUGUAAAACAAUCUUUUUCCCCUGAGCUUAGUACCAAAGAUAACUCUAGCCAUGCAGCUUUAGCACGAGAAUAAACACUGGGGUAUUUUUAUACAUAUUUGUAUGUAAUGUAACUCUUCUGUACAUAUGUUUCUAUGUGGUUUUAUAUUUGUAAAUUAUGCUCUGGAGCUGUACUUAUUUAUAAUGUUUUAAACUUUGUUAAAGUUUAUUUUACUCCGUUUCCCAUUCUUUUUUUUUUGGUUGUUUUAUUUGUUUUGAUUUUUUUUGUUGGUUUUGUUUGUUAGUGUAUUAAUGAAACUGUUCAGGCUGAACAGCUGUUGGGAAUAAAACGUUAACGAUU